AUGAUGGAUGUGGUGAGUUCGGAGCUUCGUAAGUCUCUCCCACUGCAACCCCAUUCGCCUAAAUGUAAUCACCGCCACCCAGCGCGCUGUUUCCGCCGAUGCCAAUUUAUGGGGACGUCUUAAGAAGGUCAUCUUAAUUCAACCAAACAAACCUUACUUAAAACAAUCAAACUCAAACAGCGAUUCACUAGACCAUUUUGUGGGUAGCUUUGAAACAAGAGGCUUCAUUUUAACUGUCAUAGUGUCUCGGUCAAGAGUCACAUAAACUCAUUUGCGGCACGUCUCUUUUGGGGACCUUAUUUAAUUAAUCAUCUUCGUCCAGUGAAUUAUGAACAGAAUUUGACAUGAGAACUGGUUCCAUCAGUUUCCAAUUUGUAAAUAAUAUAUGUGAAACUUGAUAAUCAUUGCUGGAUGUUGUCGUUGUCAACCAAAAAUCAGCAAUUCCUUCAGUUAGGGUUUUUAAAGAAGAAAGGUUAAAUGAAUGCUGAAGUAAUCUUCUGAGCAGUACUCCGUCUGCAAAAGUACGACAUCAAUCAAUCUCAUUUGCUCACUCAUUAAGCGGGAUGGAAAAGGAAUUACGUUUUGGACACAAGUUGACACAGGGCCUUUUCUCAUCACACAAGCGCAGCUCUCAAACGUCCUAUGCUGAAACUAAGAGAACUGAGGGUCUUGUAACCCGCGCCCACGCACUUCCGCAAAAAAUUGCUUUGAGAAAUUUUCCAACUUCGUUGGUGGACACAAAAGCCCCCCGUUAGGUUGGUGAUUUAAUAAAGAUGUGACAUUUGCACGUGUUUCUAUCUCGGUCAGUUCCGUUAGGGGAAAUUAGGUCAAACAUUUCAGCCUAGUCUGCCGCUACGGCACGAUUGAAAUGUCUUAAUUUAGUGUAUAAUGAUGGAAUAACACCGACCCUGUUCUGGACCGUCGCUUGUGCCUUUAAAGGACGAUGGGCAGAUGUAUGCGGUGAUAAAUGGUAACGCUGGAAUGCUUAAUGAUUUUCAUGGGUUCUGCGUAAGAACUACAUUAAAGCCUUACCUUGUCGUUAUCCUGUGUAUCGUUAUAUUCGUAUAAGUAUCCUAAGACCCCUAAUAAUAUUCUUUUACAGACGUCACUGCAUGCACGUACGUCGUUCCGACUUCCUAGGUCGUACGUCUGUGGGGCAAAUUUCGGUUUGGAUAGCGUUUACUAAUGUUAGCCAGAAAUACAGUAGUUGUGCUAACUCAUAGACUGUUAACCAAGAUUCUAAAAUGCGCUCUCGUUUCGAAAAGAAUAAUUAAGUGGAGUUUUAAAACUCUUCAUCGUGCAACAUAAUUUUAAAAUAAUUCAGUUACCACGAGAUGCUGGCUUUCGAAUAAACUUUGUUCCGGCGCACGAAAAACCGAAUUAUAUCACUUCUUUAUGUGUAAAAUUUGAAGAAAAUGAGAUGUUCUAGCAAAUGAGUAAAUGGAGGAAUAUUUUUCCGCAUGCUCUUUAUGAAAUAUAUUCGAAUCUAUAAGGGCAUCAAAAAUCAAUGAGAAAACUCACGCAAAUUAAGUGCUCCUUUUUUACAAUGCAGACUUUUACACGGGACCCGAAGGAAAUUCAAUUAAAAGCCGGCAUCCUAAAGUAACUGGAUUAUUAUGGGAUAAUACUACACUGUGACUGGUAUUACAACCCUGAUUAAGUAAUCUUUUCGAGUCGGGAAUGCAUUUCGGAAUUUUAAUAAACAUCUCAAGACUUUGCACAUCUACUGUAUCUGGUAGGAAAUUGUCAAUCUUUGGUGCGUCAGACUGAACAACCUCAAAACCCCUUUACUGAAAUUACGAAUCUGCACGAAGAUAAAUUACUUGUACGACUGAUCAAGGCGUCGAAAGAAAACGCUGAUUAGCAGAGGAAAAGCAACAUGCAAGAUUCCCUAAAACAGUCACUGCCCUUCAAGCUAAAUUUCUGAGUAUGGAAAAAUAAUAUGCCAGGUCUUCCAUCUAAAUUUAUUGAAAUUGGAUUUGCGCGAUCACAUAUUUUAUCCUUGCCAAUUUCUUUUUUCUGGGAAGCUCAAACAGCAACUAUCUUGAAAUUAAUUUGAUCAGGAGCCUUUUCAUCCACAAAACCAUCGUGGCCCGAAAAGGGCAGUACUGUUCAAUCAAACUGUCGAUUACACGUGUUAAGAACAUUGGUUCGAUCUCACGUAUUCUACAUGCUAAUUGUGGGAGUUUUGUAGCGCCCGACUAUGUUGAGACUGGCACACAUAAAAUGAUUUUCGCAUGGAUUUUCGAUGAUCAAAUAAAUUCAAAUAUAUUUUAUAGAAAAUAUGCGCACAAAUAUGCUGUCUUUCUCUCAUUCGGUGACAAAGCACGUCGAUUUUACACCUUAUGCUUAAAGACGGGGUAUAUUUAGGCUUUAAAGUCGUUUUUAAUUAUACGAUUUUUAAGACCGUACAAUGGACAUUCGUGCAACCUCGUACCUGUGUGUUUAACAUUGCUCCUCAUUAAAUGUAUAACACAGUCCGCACUCAUUGCAAAAUUGCAUGAACUCUACAUGGUAUCUUUUUAAAGCCGUAGAGGAAUAAAUUAUUUUCCUUACACGGAAAGCUUGCGUCCUUGUAGAACGAACUCGCUAAACGCUAAUGCAAUGGCUGAUCUGGCUUAAAAUUAUUCGGCAAUUGGAAAACCUUGUUAAAACCUAAAUAUACCCUGUCCUUAAGCAUAAAAUGUAAAAUCGACGUGAUUUGCCACUACAUGAGUGGAAGAAAGCAUAUCUGUGUGCAUGUUUUCUAUAAAAUAUAUUCGAAUUUAUAAGACCAUCGAAAAGCAUUGCGCAAAAUGCCUGCUAAUUAAGUAGUCAUUUUUACCAAUUGUGGGUUUUGCAGGAGAUGGAAAAGAAGUGCAUUCAAAAGCCGACAUCCUGGCAAGUCUGAAAUAUUGCUGGAUUAUGUCGCACUAUAAUCAGUAUUACAACCCUACCUAAGUAAGCCUUCCAAAUCGAAAACGAAUUUCAGCAUUUCGGUCAACAUUCCAUCAAAUCGGUCACUCACUGUACAUACAUUUACGCGACAGUUCAGCCGUCGUGUUCCACGAUUUCCACCACGGAACGGUGAAGCAGGCACGGUGACUUGCGCGUGAAUAAGUCUAUAGUGAAAGUUUACUUUCUCAGUAUUUAACGCACUUCCUCCUUUUCCCCAACCCACCUAAAGAGACGGCAGCUUUCGGUUUGUAAAGACUUUUUAAUCGCCCAACAUUUUCUUGGCCCACUUGCCGUUACACUUAUAUUCAUAGUUUGUCAAGUAAUUGCAGCAUACAUUCUCUAAAAUGAGUUUCAAAAAACCUGCACGCCUUUAAGGAGACGUCUUAAAGUACUUAUCAAAUUAUGCGACGACCCUGGACCAAGUUGCAUGCUGUAUGAUUAGCAUUGAUAAUUGCGAUUAUGCGAAGCUGUAAAUGUGGACAUUUCAAGGUCUGAAAAAAUCUUAUAACUAGAAACUUUAAAACUGAAAGGUAUUAUUUCUUUGAGUAUACAAUUUUGAGAAGACGCAAUCUGCCACCAAGUGAGAGCGAAAAAGAAUAUUUCUGCUCUCAUUCUCAAGUUAAUUUAUAAUGGCACUGAAAAUUAAUGGAAAAAUUCAUUCUAAUCAGGAAUCACUUCAUACAAAUUUUAGAUUGCCUCCUGACCUGACUGAAACAUCUUAAGGCAAUGCUGCAUAUUUAUCAGUAUUGCAGUGCUACUACAUUAGUCCAUUUGAAUCAAAAAUAUGUUUCACAGUGCCGAUUAACACUUCAUGAUGAAGCACAUCUAUUAGAGUACCUCACGUUGACACAAGUGUGAAAAACUCGGUGCCUCGAUGGGAUUCGAACUCAUGACGGCAAGCGGAGGCUUCAGUACAGCCAACGCUCUAACCAUCUGAGCUACGAAGCCCCAUCGGACGACGCGAGUUUAAUCACAUUUGGGUCAAGUUUACCUGUCAAACUUACAGCAACGUCCGGAUUCCACCAAAUCUGACACAGUAAGCUGACUGCUUAAGCAGGAUUUCCACCAGAUGACAACCAGGCUCAAAUAAUUCAUAAGUACGUGGCUACCCGCGCAACUUCGUCAACCGGUGCAUAAGCAAUAGGGACGAAAGACCUUGCCGCACGGACACCAAAGUUUGGCGAGCGCUUCCUUAUGUCAAGGACGUUUCGGAAUCUGUUGGCCGCCUUCUCGCACCAUUUGGGGUUGGAGUUGCACACCGACCGGAGGCAGCCAUCAGGCGUCAGUUAAUGAAACCGAAAGACCCACUGCCACGGCAAGAAACUUCUGGAGUCGUUUAUCGGGUCUGGUGCAGUUGCGGACAAAGCAACUACGUCGGAGCAACCGGAAGACGACUCCAAACGCGAAUGGCCGAACACGCUGCAGCGGUGCGGAAAAAGGACGCUGCUCUCAAGUUGCGGCUCAUUCGACGGGUUCCGGCCACACAUUCAAGUUUGACGAGGCCGAAAUUCUCGCAAGAGGUGACAACCGCGUGAGCUGGGAGCUGCUUGAGUCAUGGUUUAUUGGCCUCCAAUCCAUUAACAAGUGCACUGAUCUUUCCAUUCCAUUCUCCGUGCUGAGACUUCGCCUAGGCGGCGUAAGUAACCACGCGGGGAACGCUCAUUUGAACACUCUUUCCAACACCCGGGUCAGCGCGUCAGAUGAUCGAGCAAUCAUCGCGCCAACAUCCAACACACGUGAUAAAAUUGCAGAAAUUAACGACGCGAAUGUCGGCUAUCAAACAAUUAGCACACCAAGUGCGACGAUCCCGCAUGAGGGGGGAGGGAGCUGUUAAUGUUCAUAGAUAUGCGCUAGCAUGGCGACUGCAUCGUAUAAAUACGUCAGCCGCUUGUGCAUGAACCACCUGUAUCGGCUUUUAUCUCUGAUGAUGGAUUCGAGCAGGAAUCCGAAACGUCAGGCAGAUAAAGCUCUUGUCCCAGCGACCGUGUCUUCUUCUUCAAGACUGCCUCCUGGGACUCGUCUCUUCGCAACGGAUUUGUGUUGUGCAAUGGACUGUGUUGUAAAUUUCAUGAAAAACCUUGGUAAACGGACAUGUACGAUGUUGUAUACAUGUGCAUCGCGCGGUUUUGAAAAUCUCGUAAUAUAAACUUUUUUAAAACCUGAAUAUACACUUUCUUCGGGUAUGCAAUAUGAAGGCAGUAUUAUUUUCUGCCGAACGAGUAAAAGAAGGUGCAUUUUUUGCACGUUUUUUACAAAAUGUAUUUGAGUUUAUAAGACCAUCGAAAAUCAGCUCGAAAAAUGCAAGCAACUUAAGUAGUCAUUUUUUGCAGAGGAUCAGGAAGGAGUGCAUCAAAAAUCUGAAAUCCUGGUGAGUCCGAAAUGCUAUAGGAUUAUUCCGUAAGAUAAGCAAUAUUACAACCCCACCUAAGUAAUCCUUCCUAAUCGAAAUCACAUUUCAGAAUUUCGGCCAAACUUUCAUGAGAUCGGUCACGCACUGUAACUGUAGCCUUUAAAUUUACUCUAGACCAAACCCCCAACCCCUAAUCGUAACAGCAGCAUUCAUGAACACAGUUAUCACCCUGCCCGUAACAUUAGCACUAUACGACAGGGCAGCUCGAACAUAAAAUUCGACUGUGUUCACACUAUGUUUCAUCGCAAGGUCAGAGCAGGUGCAGUGGUUUGCACGUGAAUAAGUUUGAAUUGAUGGUGGACUUGCGCAGCAUCUACCGCACUCUUUCCCUUCUACUCCCCCCACAUGAGUUCGGUGUCAAGAAGUAGUCAGGAAGACUGGAGGCGGCGAUGCACGGCCGGACCCGCAUCUAAGCGUACAACCACACCCCUGGUCCACAAAAUAAGUCUGGCCAGGAUUUUAAUCAACAAUAAUAACACUACGACGGAUCAGAAGGAGGAGGAGGAGGAGGAGGAAGAUGGCUGGACGGUCAUUCUCACGACCUCUUUACCCAGUGGUAGCGCAAACGCACCUACCGGCAGCGUACCAGGUUUCAAAUAACUGCCAGCGCAUAACAGGUUGCAAGGGCCACCGUUUGCUGAUCAAGUGUAGUGGACACUUACAUACCUUUAAGCAACAAAAACAACACUGAGACUAGCCCGACCCCUAACCCUACCUUCUUCUGGAGUCGGGGGCAGGGCCAGUCGUCAUGACGAGGGGGGUGCAUAUUAGCGUGCUUAUCCAUUAAGACUGCGCGAUAUUGUUAUUUACGCGGCCGAAAGGCGUUCGUUCUGACACAAAGUGCCCUUGCUGUGUUGAUUUGUCAUAUCAUUGUAUUUCAAAUUUCGGAAAAUUUCAAAAAUUCUAGGACCAAUGCACUGAAACAAGGCGGUAUAAAUUCGACUGUCGUGUCUGCGGGCUCUCGCUUGCCGGCACAUGCUGUAUAGCAGACAACCGUCAAACAGGUAAAGUUUAAUUAGGCAAUAUUUUUACGUUCUGUUUACUUGUAGCGCAGGAAUGCAUGUUGUAAAUGUCAAACUCCAAUAUUUGCACUAUGCCUAAGCUUAAGCCUACGACCCCUGAAAACUAUUUGAAAAACUUUGCCUGAAAAAUUGUCUUAAGCCUAGGGAUAAGCUAAGACAUGGGAGUGUCCUCUAGCUCACAGGGGUGCACUGUUUUAACAUUUACAUCUACGCACCUGAGCACUGAUCGGACUUUCAAGCGAAUCAGAGCGCUAUUAUCUCUGGUUUCAUCAGUGUUUUGGAUAAAACUCCAGUUGUCGGAUUCCUUUAAGUAAUUAAGUAUUAUCCCUCAUAACAUGUUCACUCAGAUCAAAAAAACCGACAUUCCAACAAUCCGUUUGAUGAUGAUGAUGAUGAUGAUGAUGAUGAUGAUGAUGAUGAUGAUGAUGAUGAUGAUGAUGAUGAUGAUGAUGAUGAUGAUGAUGAUGAUGAUGAUGAUGAUGAUGAUGAUGAUGAUGAUGAUGAUGAUGAUGAUGAUGAUGAUGGCAGAAUUCACUUGACUGAGUGUACCAGCCACUGGCGUCUGUGUACAUGCUGA